AAAGCGGCUCAUCAUCUUUCUCUGCAUCAGGCAUCACAACUGCAAAGAUGACGUUUGCUCUUCGCUUGUUGUUCCUCCUUUAUGGGAUCUGCGGACUCAUUUCUGGAUUUUGGUCUUACCCUAUGAGUUAUUUGAAAAAUAAUGACUGUCCAAAAGGGUGGACUCAGUUGGACUGUCAUUGUUACAUCUUUGAAGAUGAAGCAAGGACCUUUGCAGAUGCAGAGGCCGUCUGCAACAUUCUGAGUGGGAAUCUGGUCUCCAUCCACAAUGACUUGGAAAAUGCACUUGUUCUUGAACUGAUUCGAGCCGGUGGUGAUGACAGCCAAGGCUGGAUUGGAUUACAUGACGCGAUUGAGGAUGGUGACUACAUAUGGACUGAUGGCUCAGACCAGAAUUUCCCUAAUUUCGAUACAACAAAUUCACAGCCUGAUAGCUCUGUUGGUGACUGUGUGGUUAUUGCUGAGGAUGAUGGACUUUGGGACACCGACGCCUGCACAGACACCAACGUAUAUGUUUGCAUCAAGGACGUGCACCGCACCCACCACUAACCACUCAUCUUACCGUGCUGUCUUCUAUCACAAUGGAGUUUGCUAAUCAUGAUGACUCACUGAGACAGCAUCAAACCUUUGCGGUGUCUUUAUUUGUUGAUGGGUUGACUACAAAUUUCUCUUUUUCUCACAACACUCACCUGUGAUUGACAACACAUUGGCAAUGUCAAAGAGCAUCUCUCUGUUCAAUAAAGGAAUCUAUCUGCA